AUGAAGUCCUUCUAUCUCGCUUUCUACGUCAGUGCGACUUGGAUCAGUCGAGUAUCCUCGAUCCCGACACCAGGAGAGGGCGGGUCUGUGUUGAAGACCAUUCACCAGUUUCCCAACUAUACAUGGAUUGAAAAUAUGGCCAUUCGUAGUAACGGUCAAAUUCUCGCGAAUGACUUGAGCAGCGGCCAAAUUUACCUUGUCAAUCCACAAGAAUACCAAGUUGCGCCGCCAGUUAUUGCCCAGUUCCCAAAUGGAACUGCCAUCACCGGCAUUGCUGAGAUUGAGGAAGAUGUCUUCUACACGCAAAGCGUUCAGGGAAACGCGUAUGAGGUCAAGUUCGUUCCGAACACGACUGUCAUCUGGGAGGUAGACAUACGAGGUUACCGUAAGGGUGGUCAAGCCUCUCUACGCAAAGUAGUUGAGAUUCCAGCCGCUAAUCUUCCCAAUGGCAUGACCUUACUAAACAAACAAGAUGGAACUAUCCUCAUCGCUGACUCGGUACUCGGGGUCGUCUGGCGAGUGAAUGUAUACACAGGCGCGUACGAGAUUGUGUUGGAUGACUCGCUGCUCAAGCCCGUGCCUGGAUCGACGUUUCUUUUUGGCGUUAAUGGCGUGCAUGUGGUCGAUGAUAUUCUUUAUUUUUCAAAUACCAACCAGGCUAUCCUCGCCAAAGUACCAAUUUCCCGCAACGGUCUUCCAACUGGCCCCAUCGUCACGAUUACCAAAAGUGUCCCAGCCGCCGAUGACUUUACCGUCGACCGUUCUGGCAAUAUAUGGCUUGCUGAGAAUGUGGAAAAUACGUUUGUUCGCGUUUCAACAGACGGGCAGGUCCAGACUAUUGUUGGAGGAGUGAAUUCGACCGCUUUGAUCGGUCCGGUGGCUACGGCCUUUGGCCGUGGUCGCGACGAUCGCGAUAUUCUCUAUAUCUCGACCGACGGGCUUACUGAGAAUAGCAAUGGGAUGAUUCUCACCAGCAAUGGCAAGAUUGCAUCUAUUGACACCAACUGCUGGCGGUGAAUAUCAACCCGUCCGAGUGCACUUAGCAUCAAUGAAGAAAAUAUUCUAUAUUGACUCUAAACCAUGUCUUUGAGAAAUCUGGCUAUCUUAACACUGUUCUGACGGUUCUAUCGUUGUAAUUAUUAUUAGUAUGGAAGGC